AAUAAAUAACAAAAAAAAAAAAAAAUAACAAAUUCCCCUCAAAAAAAUACAUAGUAGUUAUUUUGAUUAAAGCUCAAUAUGUUUAAGUGUUUGUAUAAAUGUGAAGAUAAUUAAGACAGCAACAACAGCAACAACAACAACCCUCUAAAAUCCCCCAACAGCUACAUUAGAGUAUAUACCCAACAACAGGUUUGUUUUUUUCCGGGGGAGAGCAGUUUUCUAUGAAAAAAAAAAGCUUUUUUGUUUUUAACAUCCAAACAAUAACAAAAAAGCUUUUAAGGCUGACUGCCUUAAAAAGGGCAGUAAUAUAAAACAAAACUUACUACUGUUAAUUUUUUACGUGCUGCCGUUAUAAACAACAAUUAUGCGCCAUGCCAAAACUGAGGCAAUAUAUGUCCAUGGAUCAACCCUCCUCGACGGCGAUAAGAAAAAAGACGAUGACAGCAGUAUGUUUCGUCUGCAACCUGCCCAUAAUGUCACAUCAAGUGGGACUGGUGUGGUCGGGGGGCAAUGGUUGGGAUGAUCUAGUAAGAGAACAGCUGGAGGAGUCUACCAUCAGACAAAGAUUGGGCGGCAGAAGAGAUUCGGCAGCACAAAUCAAUACACCUCCUAGUACAUCGCCACCGCCGGGCAUGCAACGUCGCCGCCGCAGUUCUUUGGCCCAACUAACCGAUCUUCUGCGAGAAUGGAGUGGUGGUGUAAAACAUCAAACAUCCCAAUCCCAAAGAGCGACCAAGGCCCCUUUGAAUAGGCGUGAAACUUUGGCUGAUUUGGCGCGCAGUUUACCCUGGCGUACCUCUGUAUCUGAUGCUGCCACCAGUGCUGGUCCCACAUAUGUGGCACCACGCAAACGACGUGAAUCAAGUGCUGAUGCUGGUUUGCGUAGUACACGCACCCGAAGAGACUCCAAUACUGCAGAGUUUGUGAAACAUUGGAAUCGUAGGGAGAGUACCGUAGAUGAACCCACCAUAGUGGCGGUCAAUGUAGUAGUGGAGCCUUCUAAGGGGGGUUCAAGACGCGAUUCGGGUGAAAGUAAUCAUUCCAGUCGUCGCGAUAGCUCUAUAGGUCGUAUUAUAACUCCCUCUACUACACCACCACCGCCUCCACGCAUUGGCGUUAGUCCAGUGAAAAGAGAUUCCCUGGCUGCUCCCGAAUUUCCCAAUUUCCGUUAUGAACAACGCCCCUCCACCAGCUCGGCUGGUUCUGAUUCUAUGCCUCUUUACUCAUGUUCUUCUCACAAUCAGGUCGAUUCAUCUUGUCAGGCGCUGCCACCACCCACCAUUAUCAUGAGUUCAGUAACACCACCAGCUACUAGUCCUACCGCUCCGAAGGGGAGGAGGGAUUCUACUACUCAGUGUGGUAGAGUUAAUCGUCGAGAUUCCAAGGCCGGCAUUAGUCCUGAAAGGGCCCCUAGGCUUCAACGUUUACAGAGACAGGCAACCGCUUUCGAUGAAAGUUGUUUGCCGGGUGGCAGCAGAAGAGGUUCUCAACCGGCUCUUAGUCCUGAUCCGCCAGAGGAGGGUCAAAGGCGCAAUUCACGCCGUGAUUCUUUAAGUCCUGAUAGUGCUUCUAGGGGUGGUAGACGCGACUCGCGUACCCAUUUAUCCCCUGAUCGUAGUCAUGAGCGUGAGGGUAGUCCUCAUCGUCGUCAUGCUUUAAGAAGGCAAAGUUCUUCGGCAGCACGUAGUUCUAGGUCGCCCGAUUCUACUAGUAUUUGUUCGUCGCGAGAUGCCAGUCCCUGUGGCAGGCCUCCCCCAUUGCCGGUAGUAGAACAGGGCAGUAGUAGGCCCGCCAUUAGAAGACAAUCAACAACUGAGGAGAUUUUAAUAGCCCGAGGUUUUCGCAGACAAUCCACCACCGAGGAAAUGAUCAGAUGUCGCAACUUUCGACGCCAAAGUUCACAAAGUGAUGAUGUUUGUCGUUAUCGUGGCCGCCGUGACUCUAGUGCCCAAAUCAUUGAUGGCACCAUCGGUACCAUGACGGUGGAGACCACCAGCACCUUUUUUGAUUCCAGCACCCAAACUGAACCCUCACCACUCUAUGAUAACAAUCAUUAUCAGGAAUGUUUACGCUGCAAUUCCUGCGGUUUGAAUUUGACUGGACGAAAUCAUAAAACGGGCCAGGAGAUUCAAAAACCAAAUUCUUGCGACCUGCAUUUUGCAGACGUUGCCCUAAUGGAGUGCUCCGAUUUUAUGCAACAGCUGAGAAGCUUUAAACCCCAAUCAUUAGGUUGUGCUGUUGCCCGUCGUAAAAGCUCUACAACAUUAAUAUUUCCACUGCCACCACAGGCAUGUUCAGAUGAAUUCUGUGAAGAAUAUCCGCAUAACUUAAUGCCCACCCCCGGCUAUUGGAUUGAGUGUUCGAGACAAAAGAUAACUCUGCCGCCCACACACACCAUUUGGGAUGAAAGCGACUCAGAACAUGAGGACAUACGAGGUGGCAAUAGUAGUGAUGCCUAUUUGGAACGUGAAUGCAGUGACCUAUAUGAGGAUGAUGAAGAUUCUGAGGCCACACCCAGGAAAAAGACGACGAUCGAGGAACAAUGGGAACAAAAUGGCGCCUUCGAGCUGAUCUCCGUGGAACAGGAAACGUAUGAGAAAUAUUUCUUUGGCUGCGAACAUUGGAAUUACUUUACCAGCGAUGAAGAUUUGGGUCCGGUGAUAUUGUCCAUUAAACAGGAAACCCUAAAUGGACGUGAUCAGUUUAGAAUAUUGGUGCGAGCCGGUUCCUAUACAGUACAUGGUCUAAUACCCGCCUCUUGUGUAUUUGCUGAUAGAUAUAACCGCGAGGAAGUGGUUAGAUCUUUGGGCAAAGAAGUUAAUUUAAAUCCUCCCCUGACAUUGGGCCAAUUGCCUGAUACUCCUGAGGAGCUGCUGAAAUUAGAUCAAGUUUUUAUUAAAUCUGAACUAAAAGUUGGUGUUAUAUAUGUUAAAGAGGAUCAAUAUACGGAAGAGCAAAUUUUAGACAAUAAUGAAAAUUCUCUGCUCUUCGAUGAGUUCUUAACCCUUUUAGGAGAUCGUGUACGAUUAAAGGGUUUCGAUAAAUACAAAGGUGGCCUUGAUACAGUACAUGACUUGACCGGUCUGUACUCUGUUUAUACAAAUUGGCGUAAUAUUGAGAUAAUGUUUCAUGUCUCAACAUUAUUGCCUUACGAACGUCAUGAUCCUCAAAAGCUUCAACGGAAACGUCACAUUGGCAAUGAUAUUGUUUGUGUGGUGUUUCUGGAGGCUGAUAAUACCCGCUUUAGUCCUGCCUGCAUAAAGAGUCAUUUUCUGCAUACGUUUAUAUUGGUGCGAGUCUCUGCUCGAAUAAAACACAAACCCACCCGCUAUGAAGUGUCGGUAGUGACACGAGACGAAGUGGGUGCCUACAAACCCUAUUUGUGGGAACAAUCGGUAUUCGAAAAGGGACCCAUGUUUAGAGAAUGGCUUUUAACGAAAAUUGUCAAUGGCGAACGUGCCUCAUAUUCGGCACCAAAAUUUGCCCGCAUGCAGGAACGUACCCGCUCACAAAUGCUCGAAGAUUUGGUAAUGAAUUUAUCGAAUCAUGCUGAGACUGGCCAAAUACCAAAACCCUAUCGACGCGGCUCAUGGCGACCAAUUGGUGAGGAAGAAUAUAGAAAAAUGUUGCAUGCAAGAGUUUUAGCCAAUAAUGCGCCAAUCACACCUCUCUCGUCAUCGAUGGACGUUGAUGUGUGCUGUGUGCUACUGUGUGUUAAGCAUA